AUGUCUUCCCACGAUGACUAUGCUCCACGUCCGCGCCGAGACCGUACCCGAUACGACACCGACGGCGGUCUUCGCUACCCAGAUGACGAUGACUAUGGCGACCCUCGAAAGUCGGCACCCCGCCACCCUCACCAUGAACCAUCCCCUGCGCCCCUCGAUCCUCGUGACGGAUCACGACGCAAGAGAGAUGCUGAUCCUCGAGACAUCGAGCCGAAAUCCGGUCGUGAUGUGAAAGACGACCCUCCCCGGUAUCGUGAGGAUGGCGAUCCCAAAUCAGGCAAAUCCAAUACUGCUGCACCCAGGAGAAGACGUAGCUUUUCCAAUGAUGACGAAGCAGCUCGCCGUGACCCAAGAAAUGGCAACGGCACUGGGGUGGCCUAUGGCCGCUCUAAAGGAUAUCGAGAACCUAUUCCGGAACCAGAGGUCGUUGCUGCUCGGUCAGCCAGGCGCAGAGAUUAUGACGAUGACUUUGAACCACCUCCACCUCGUCGCGCCCACACACAGAGAGAGCUGGAUCGUCGCCGUCGAGACGAUCCUCCUUACGAUGACGAGCCACCUCGGCCUCGUCGUCACCGCAGUCCCGAAGACAGACACUCCGACCGUGAACGGGGAUAUCGAUCUGAUCCUCGGGACGCCCCAAAACACCGAAGAGAUGAUGAUCGCUAUGACGACCGCAGACACCGCGGCGGUGGUGGUUCACGUCGCGACGAUGGCUAUGCGUCAGAUCGGGGCCGCUCUGAUCGAGACAGAAUGAGAGACCGCGAUCGUGAGCGAGAUCGAGAUCGAGACCGUGAUCGCGACCGUGACCGGGAUCGCAGGCGCCAUGACUCUGACCGCGACAGAGACCGUCACCGAGACCGAGACCGGGAUCGGGACAGAGACAGAGAUCACCACGACAGUCGAGACCGUGACCACGACCGAAAGGACAAGAAAAAGGGGUUCUCACUCGAUAACAUUAAUGAUCUAGUUGAACAAGGCCAGAAACACUACAAGACUCUGGCGCCAGUGAUCACCAGCCUGACGAAGAUGUACAUGGACAACAAGAAAUGA